CCCCCCACCCCACACACACACACACCCUUCCCACCCGCACUCCUCUCCAUACACUUCACGCACACACUCCGCACCGUAGCCUCGCACUGUCCACGCCAUGGCCGCCCGCAUCAUCGCCACCAUUGUGCUGUCGGCAUCGCAGAUCGUGUUCAAGGCCUUUGGUGAAGCGUAUCGCAAGGGCAUGCAGAACGCCGCAAAGGGCGGCGCCAAUGCGGUCAAGCGCCGCGGCAAGGCAGGCCCGGCCGGCUCGAUCUCGACCGAGGCCGCGGCCACCAUUCUCGACAUCCCCAAGAACAAGAUUACGCCAGCAGAAAUUGCCAAGCGCUACGACCAUCUGUUCAAGGCCAACGAUCCGGCCAAGGGCGGCUCGCUGUACAUCCGGGCCAAGGUGACCAACGCCAAGGCGGCCCUGGAGGAGGCGCUCAAGAACAAGACUCUGUAAGCGACUCGUGACGGCGCCAUCUCUCUUGGCUACGCCGCGGCCUCGGCCAGCGCUGCCUCGCACACACGUAGCCGCCGCGUGAGGAUGAACGAGAACAGGUA